CCCCCUCUGCUUCCUGGAUCAGGCGCCCCACUCCCCAGCAGCACUUUACCAAUGCCGCAAGUGUGUGGAUUUCUUCCUCCUCCGUUGCCAACUGGCUUGUUUGGGUUAGGGAUGAACCAGGACAGAGGGAGUAGAAAGCAGCCAAUAGAGCCUUGUCGCCCAAUGAAGCCUCUUUACUGGACAAGAAUUCAACUACAUAGUAAAAGAGACCCCAGUGCUGCACUUAUUUGGGAAAAAAUUGAAGAGCCAUCCAUAGAUUGUCAUGAAUUUGAGGAAUUAUUUUCUAAAACAGCUGUAAAGGAGAGAAAGAAGCCUAUCUCUGAUACCAUCUCAAAGACAAAGGCUAAACAA